AUGAAGCCGGAUUUAGACGGUGAAUGUCCGACAUAUCCCUACGCUGUGCUGCCGUUGAAGUCAGCGUUUCCCGAAGAAGACCUGAAGACCACCCGCUCUGGAAGACUUUCUGAUGCUUCACAGUUAUGGCAUAAGUAUCAGAACAAAUUAGCUGAAGACUUUUUCAGGCACGCGCAACUAAAUGAUGACAACCAAAUUAGUGAGAGAUUACGUGAAAGUUACUUGAAUCGUUGUUUGUUGGCUAUUCAAGAUAUAGUUAUAUCAAUUGGUGGUAAUCCUAUUUCUCAAUAUGGCAUGCCCGAGCCAUCAUUUGACGGUGAACAUAUUAAUAGAGAUUACGCGAUGGAAAUUAACUAUGAUCCAGUAGAUCUGGCAGACAUUUUACAAACUGAUGUAUCGAGACUAACUGAAGAACAGCGUUCAAUAUUCGACCGGGUGUGUCGCAGCGUAGACAGUGCUUUGGGGGAAAUGCUGUUUGUAGAUGCUCCCGGUGGAACGGGCAAGACAUUUCUUACAAAAGUGAUUUUGGCGAAAGUACGAAGCCAAAGUAAAAUUGCGCUUGCUGUCGCUUCAUCGGGCAUAGCAGCCACUUUAUUAUCAGGAGGGAAAACUGCACAUACAAUGUUCAAAAUUCCAAUCGACUUAGACCGCACAGAAAACCCUGUUUGUAAUAUUUCAAGAAACAGCGAUAAAGCUAAGGUUCUUCGUGAUUGCAGCCUUAUUAUAUGGGAUGAGUGCACAAUGGCAAACAGAAAAGCAGUUGAAGCAGUAGACAGAACGUUGCGUGAUAUCAAACAAAAUAACCAACCUAUGGGUGGCAUUACUGUACUUUUUUGUGGCGAUUUUCGUCAGACUCUCCCUGUAAUACCACGCGGAACAAGGGCUGAUGAAGUUAGAGCCUGUCUAAAGAGUUCUCAUCUGUGGCAUUACAUUAUCCCUUUGCAUUUGACUUUAAAUAUGCGAGCGCAAAUCGGAGGCAAUCAAAAUGCUCAAGAGUUUUCCGAGUUAUUACUGGAGAUCGGUAACGGUGUGUAUCCGCAAGAACAAGGAAAAGUUGUUCUCAAUGAAAACUUAUGCAGCAAAGUUUCAUCAAUACGAGACCUCAUUUCAAAGGUGUAUGGAAACCCAACGCAAAUACUAACCUGCGAAAAUUACUGGCUUUGCGAAAGAGCAAUUUUGACUCCACGAAACGACCAAGCAGCAACAAUAAACGCUGAAAUUUUGAGCUUAGUUUCGGGGGAUAAUGUGGAGUAUAUCUCUAUUAACAGAGUUAUGGAAGAAGGAGAAUCUACCAGCUACCCAGUAGAAUUUUUAGAAUCCCUUAGUGCUCCUGGACUACCAGCUCACAAAAUAAAAUUAAAAAUCGGCGUACCCAUUAUGCUCCUUAGAAAUUUAAGCCCACCAAAACUUUGCAACGGUACUAGAUUAAAAGCAGUCAAAGGUUUAUGGUUGCCGGCAGGCACUUGUGGGGUUGCAAGUGGAACUGUUUUACUGUCGGCCCUGCCACCAAGUCAGCUCAUGAUUAAGGAAUCCAAGUGGACCAGAAACUAG